AUGGAGGGUAAAAUGAGUAUUAUGGCUUGCAGUAUCUUCAAUGAGUUGAGGAUGGAGGAGAAGCUCUGUGAUGUUAUCAUCAGGGUCAAUGGUGUCGACUUUAAUGCCCAUAAGAACAUCCUUUGCACAUGUAGCAACUAUUUUAGAGUUUUAUUUACAAGUGGUUGGGCUGAGAGAAAGCAUAAUGUAUACACCAUUACUGGGAUCUCCCCUGACAUGAUGAAACUGAUUAUAGAUUAUGCCUACACCAGAACAGUACCUGUUACAGCUGAAAAUGUAGAGGAACUGUUGGCCGCUGCAGACCAGUUCAACGUUAUGGGCAUUGUCAGAGCCUGUUGUACAUUUAUGGAAUCUCAUAUGUGCUUGAAAAACUGCAUUGGCCUUUAUAAGUUCACAGACUAUUAUUACUGCCCUGAACUGCAGCAGAAAGCUCAAACAUACAUCUUACAAAACUUUACAGACAUUGUUAAAGCCUCAGAUGAAUUCUUGGAACUGUCAUUGAUGGAGUUCAGCAAUAUUAUAGAGCAAGACGAACUUAAUGUUAAGAAAGAAGAUGCUGUUUUUGACGCCAUUGUGAAAUGGAUUGGACAUGAUCAGGAAAGUCGGAAGAAUUGUAUCUCAUUCUUGCUCACAAAGGUUCGCUUUGGAUUGAUGCACGCAGAUUUCUUUAUGAACAACGUCAAAAGUAAUGAUUAUGUAAAAAACUGUGAGGAAUGCAAACCCAUUAUCAUCAAUGCACUGCAAAGUUUAUUUAACCUCAAUAUGCAUGGGCAAUCCACAUUGAAUUUCUCAACCCACUUCUCCAGGCCACGCCUCCCUUUUGCCAUCUUGUUUGCUAUUGGUGGCUGGAGUGGUAGUAGUCCAACAAACAUUAUCGAAGCUUAUGAUAUCAGAGCUAAUUGCUGGGUAAAUGUUACAGGUAAAGACGAGAGUCCAAGAGCAUAUCAUGGUGCUGUAUACCUAAACGGCUUUGUUUAUGUCAUUGGUGGGUUUGAUAGCUUGGACUACUUCAACAGCAUGAAACGAUUUGACCCAGUCGAGAAAACAUGGCAUCAGUUGUCCCCUAUGCAUUCUCGGAGGUGUUAUGUUAGUGUCACUAUUCUGGAUAAAUUAAUCUAUGCUAUGGGAGGGUUUGAUGGUUAUGUACGACUCAGCUCAGCAGAACGUUACGAACCAGAGGACAACCAGUGGACUUUGAUAGCACCCAUGCAUGAGCAGAGAAGUGAUGCCAGUGCAACCACGUUCAAUGGAAAAGUCUAUAUAUGUGGAGGGUUUAAUGGCAAAGAGUACCUAUUCACAGCUGAGGUCUACAACCCCAUGAACAACCAGUGGAGUUUGAUCGCCAACAUGAAGAGCAGACGUAGUGGAGUAGGAGUGACUGCUUAUGGAAACCAUGUCUAUGCUGUAGGCGGCUUUGAUGGUGCUAACAGACUGCGGACUGCUGAAGCGUAUUGUCCUAUAUCUGACACUUGGCGCAAUAUAACAAACAUGUUCAACCAACGUAGCAACUUUGGCAUUGAAGUGGUGGAUGAUCUGCUCUUUGUAGUUGGAGGUUUCAACGGAUUCACCACAGUCUUUAAUGUGGAAUAUUAUGAUGAGAAGAAAAGUGAGUGGUAUAAUGCCCAUGAUAUGAGUGUUUACCGCAGUGCUCUAAGCUGUUGUGUGGUAUCUGGACUCAGCAACAUUCGAGAGUAUACUGCUCAGAAAGAACAAAUCAACACUUAUCUCUAA